GAGUCUGCGUGAUCCUGGGCAGCGAGGGUUUUUAGCUUCCUUGUCUUUCGGUUUUAUCGGUUGGUUUUAAACGUCCUAUUCCCGCAGAUGGCUACUCGCCGGGCUGCCGUUUCCCGUGAAGCAGAUAAUAUUCUUGGGGGUGCAAUGAGGUCCAAAGCUCAAAUUAAUACCAGAAGAGCUGCUUUGGGGGAGAUUGGCAACAAGGUGACAGUGCGAGGAAAACCACCUUCAGUCAAGCCUUCCAUUGUUGUGGCAAAACCAUCAAAGGCAGCAACUAAAGGGGCAAAUGUUAAGCCGAAGCCUGUACCUGUAAAAACAGCAGUAGCUGAAGCUCCCCCAAAAGUGCCCUCCCCUCUGCCAAUGGAUGUGUCUAUGAAAGAGGAAGAGCUGUGCCAGGCCUUCUCAAAUGCCUUAACCAAUGUUGAAGACAUUGAUGCUGAUGAUGGUGGAAACCCUCAGUUGUGCAGUGACUAUGUGAUGGACAUCUAUAACUACCUAAAGCAACUAGAAGUCCAACAAUCUGUGCGCCCAUGCUAUCUUGAAGGAAAAGAAAUUAAUGAGCGUAUGAGAGCUAUCCUAGUUGACUGGAUUGUUCAGGUGCAUUCUAGGUUUCAGCUUCUUCAGGAGACUUUAUACAUGGGGAUUGCAAUCAUGGAUCGCUUUUUACAAGUUCAGCCAGUCUCCCGCAGUAAGCUUCAGUUAGUUGGUGUAACUUCACUACUCGUUGCUUCCAAAUAUGAAGAGAUGUACACCCCAGAGGUUGCCGACUUUGUUUAUAUCACUGAUAAUGCCUAUACUGCAUCUCAGAUCAGAGAAAUGGAAAUGAUCAUUCUUAGGGUCCUCAACUUUGACCUUGGAAGGCCGUUACCUCUUCACUUCCUAAGACGGGCUUCAAAAUCUUGCAGUGCUGAUGCAGAGCAGCAUACCCUUGCAAAAUAUCUGAUGGAGCUUACACUCAUAGACUAUGAAAUGGUCCACUUCAACCCUUCAGAAAUCGCAGCAGCUGCACUCUGCCUGUCGCAAAAAAUUCUUGCUCAGGGAAGCUGGGGUGCUACACAGCACUAUUACACAGGCUACACAGAAAGUGACUUGCAACUGGUCAUGAAGCAUAUGGCUAAGAACCUGACCAAAGUCAACCAGAAUUUAACAAAGCAUGUGGCUGUGAGGAACAAGUAUGCUAGCAGUAAGCUAAUGAAGAUCAGCACACUGCCUCAGCUGAUGGCUCCUCUGAUCACAGAACUAUCUGCAAGCCUUUCUUAGAACUGUUAAGUUACCCUUUCAAAGAGAACCACUAAUUGCACUUUUAAUGCUGCUGGCAAAUGCUGCUGUUCCUGUAUAUAUGUUUAAACUUGUUGUGUUUUUUUUAUUUGACUUGUGAACUUUUGAGUACAUCCAAAUGCUGUAAUGUCAGUAUAUGAAAUAAAAUCUUCACUUUUA